CUUUCUGCGGCAAGAGUAUCAUGCAAAUAUAAUUAUCUCAAAGAGAGCUGCUGUAAGCGUUCUUGAAAAGCUACUUUUUUGGUGCGCAAUUAAUCAGGAUCGAUGUAAACGCUACUUCAGCCAAGUCAGAACCUGGAAAUUGCCUCAGUUUGACAAGAUCCUUAACCAACUUUCGUAAAGAGAUGGAUAAUUCAGCCAGAAGUGAAGACACCUCAAAAAACACACUAUGGCGACAGGCCCGUGUCACUGAAAGCCACAUACUGUUAAUACAUAAAGACGUAACUGAGUUCUGGAGAGAACUAGGCACUCUCUUAAGGUUGCCACCUGGUGAGGUACGUAGAAUGGAAACGGAUUACAGAUCUUGUCGCGAAAGGGCGUGGAGAGUGAUGGAAAGGUGGCUCGAAAAGAAGGGAAGUCAGGCAACACUGGGAAUUCUUGCAGAUGCCCUUGAGAAUGAGAAUAUAGGAAUGAGAAGAGCCGUCGAAAAGCUGAUUGGAACAGAAAGAGAAGUGGAGGGUAUGUUAAAUCCCGUUCGAGUACAAAGUGGGAGGCUUCGAAAGGAGUUCGAGAAGUUUAGGGAGGAUUUACGUAGCAGGCAACAGGCCAGAGAACAAGAAAUCAAAGAACUAAAGGAUAUGGUUUACGAAAUGCAAACUACAAAGGGUGAGGAUGUUAAGAUUAUGAAAACGAAGCUUCAGUGCCUAGAGACCAAAAUCGAAGAGCUUGAAACACAUAUUUUAUCAAAAAAACACAACGACAACGAAAUCAUGACCCGCUUUGGAAAUAUCUCCGACGCGAUGGAACAGGGUCUACUUGCUCUACAGGAGAAUAUUAUACAUGAAACGUCAUCAGAACCCGGCAAUAGUGCAUCAGACCAAAGGAAUGAGAGGCAUUUAAGCGGACGGAUGGAGGAAACCAGAUCGGUAGAUGAAAUCCAGAGAAACACGGCACGGAGGGCUCGGGAGAGCCAAAAUUGGGAUGGAGUGAGAGUACAGCCUUUGCUUGACGAGAGCUCAAUAUGUUUUCGGUGUCCUGCUUUGGAGAAGGAACUCAACGAUGUAAAAGGAGAAAGAGAUUCACUGAAAAUCAAAAUUGCAAAUUCAGACCAAAUGAACAAAGGUCAACGAGAGCAGAUAAGAAAGUUAAAAAAAAGUAAUAGACCGGUUAAGGUAGAAAAAAAUGAAGCCAUCAAACCAAACGAAGAAAUGGCGGAAGAGGUUCAAAAGCCUGAAGCCGAGAAAAAGGAGCUGGAAAUGAAGUUAAAUGGUGAAAUUAAUCUGGAGGCUGAAAAUGAAAAGCUGUCGACUGAAAUAGAAGAGCUGAAAAAGAAAGCAAAGGAUGCUGAGUUUGAGUGCAAGUUCUUACAAGAGGAGCUUAAGACGUUCAUAAACUUCCAAAGUCGCGUUUUCUUACCAGCUGGAAGGGAAUUUGUCGGCAUAUGCACUGGUGUCAUAUGCUUCCUAAAACACAGGGCAGGAAAUGCACCCUGCGGCGCUGAGCCCAUUGCUUCCAGAUCUUCCGAUGGCCAUGGAGAAGCGAGUGACGUGUUAAACCAUAAGACAGGUGUCAUCAGUGGGACAGAAGAAAGAGAAAAUUCAUGGUGGUCUAUUGAUCUGGGCUCAAGCCAUCUGCUUGUGAUCACACACUACGCUUUAAGGCACGGCAAAAGAGAGAAAGAGUCAGUCCUUACCCAAUGGCAGUUGAAGGGAUCCAAUGAUGGGAAGGACUGGGAAACCAUUGAAACUAUUCACGACAGGAAUGAUCCACAGUUCAUAGCUCCUACUCUAUUUUGUACUGGCAAAUGGUCUGUAAAAGGGGAAAUAGGGCCUUUUCGCUUUUUUCGAAUUUUCCAGACGGGUGUUAAUUCCUCUGGCAAAUAUGGAAUACACCUAUCUGGAAUUGAGCUGUACGGAGUACUUCUAAAUAUCUGUGAGCUAACGGCUAAGGAGGCUUUAACCUAUAAAGUUUUUAUCAAGCAGCCAAAAUAGAUGGUAAACUCUCAGAAAGCAAGGUUUGUGUACGACUUCCCAUUAAAACUGUCUUUGAGGGGCCAAAUAAGUUUUUCUUUGUAUCUUCUUAUAUUUUCAUGUAGAGUGUAAUGUUUCUCUCGUUUUGCCACAUUUAGGAGAUUGCAAUUCGCUGCUUGGUUUUGAAUGAAAUGUAAUUUAAAAAAGGUUAAGAUGCCAUCCCCUGUGAUCAGUUUUAAAAGGGCAUGUCAUAUCAAUAUUUUAUAAACAGUUACAUGAAAUUGUAGACAUUGAAAAGUAAGUGAGUGAAAUAGCUUGCGAGUUGCCUAUGCUGCUGGAGUAUUUAUGUAAAUAAUCACCUCACACAACCUAAGCGAUUGAGUGUUUCAUCUUUGCAUUUUUGUCUGUCCGAGUUUGUAAAGAACAACUGAUUCCUAUAGGAAAUUGUUAGGUUAUUGGAUUCUCCAUAACCGGAGAGUAGGGGAAAAUUAUGAGCAUUUUCAAAAUGGUGAUACGGACUGUAGCUUUUCGAGUGCCUAGAAUAUUGUCAGCUUUUUUUUAUAAUCCAUAAAAUUGUACUGCUCGCAAAUGUUUGGUUUAAAUGCGUCACGUGAUCAUUUUUGCCCCAAUGAAAAAUUUGGGAAUAUCCAGUGACAUUCCCCAAUUUUCAAACCUUACGUUGAAUACAAUAAAAGCCGAUAAAAUUUAAUUCUA